GACGGAGACACGAAAGUCAAGUUCGCUGAUGUGGCAGGCUGCGACGGCGCCAAGCAGGAGUUGGUUGAGGUCGUUGAUUUCUUGAAGAACACCUCGAGGUACUCAGAACUGGGGGCCAAGAUUCCAAAGGGUGCUUUGUUGGUGGGCCCUCCCGGUACUGGAAAGACCCUGCUCGCCAAAGCUGUCGCGGGAGAGGCUGGCGUGCCAUUCUUCAGCAUUUCGGCCUCUGAGUUUGUGGAGAUUUUCGCGGGAAUUGGUGCAUCUCGUGUACGUGAUCUCUUCGAGCAGGCCAAGAAGUCGGCCCCGUGCAUCAUCUUCAUCGACGAGAUCGAUGCAGUGGGCCGCCAGCGCAGUGCGGGCUUUGGCCAAGGUAACGAUGAGCGUGAGCAGACGGUGAAUCAGCUGCUGACAGAAAUGGACGGCUUCGAGAGCAACAAGGGGGUCGUUGUGAUUGCGGCCACCAACCGAGCUGACAUCCUGGAUCAAGCCUUGGUUCGACCGGGCCGCUUUGAUCGUCAGAUUCAG